UGUUUAAUGAAUAGGACAGGUUGCAUACCUUCGGGAGAUGAGAACAAGAAUAAAUAGUAGAAAAAUAAUCAAAAUACCGCAUACCAGUUUUACACAUGGAACUAUUUGCAGGGUAGACAUUUGUCUUCACACGGCUUGUUUACGGUGACGGUCAAAAUAAUGAGUAUUUACCUGGGUUUCUUCAUAGUUUUAUCCUAUCUAGUUUGGUUAAAAUGCAUUUACUAUCGCCAUCGGCGAACUUUGGUGAAGUCGUUGAAACGUGUAACGAACGUUUUAUCGAGCAGCGCAACGGACGGCGCCGAAGUAAGAGCUCUGAUUGUAACUGCGCAUCCGGAUGAUGAAUGUAUGUUCUUCGCGCCAACGAUUAUACAACUCGUUGAAUUAAAUGCCAGCGUCCACUUGCUGUGUUUAUCCGAAGGAAACUACUACAAUCAAGGAGCAGAGCGUAGACGAGAACUUCUCAACAGCUGUGCCGUGUUGGGGAUACCAGCCUCCAGAAUCACCAUAGUUGACCAUAAAAAACUUCCAGACGAACCGAAAGCUGAAUGGAGCAUCUCUUUGGUCUCUUCUAUAAUUGUGAAUCACAUAAGAGCCCACUCCCUCAACAUGGUGCUGACCUUCGAUGGAAGAGGAGUGAGCGGCCAUGCCAAUCACAUAGCCAUCCAUAAAGCUGUCAGCCAUCUCGCUUCCACCGGACAAGCACCUAGUGACUGCUGUUUGCUCUCCCUGGUGACUGUCGGCCUCCUCAGGAAGUAUAUCUCCUUCCUGGAGCUCCCCCUCAGCUGGCUGCUGCCCUCGUGCCUCCGCUGCAUUACAGGCUCGCAGAGCUACAGGAAAGCCAAAACGGCAAUGCUUUGUCAUCGCACUCAACUCCUGUGGUUUCGUUACCUGUACAUCGCCUUCUCACGGUACAUGUUCAUAAACACAUUCCAGAGGAUCCCACAAGGACCAAAGAACCUAAAGAUCUAUUAAAAGUUUGUCCCAUCCUGAUGCACUGACUGUUACACUGUUAGGUGUCCUAGGAGUGAAUGUAGCCGUUUACAGAUCUGUUGAGCAGCUUUGCUCACAGUGAAUACAGAUGAAUCUUACAGUUUAUCUGCCAAAGUUGCCUGCAUACUUUUUUCACAAUCUCUCCAUGAAUAAAGCUGACAGUACUUUUGAAAUAGCAACAAUAGAUAUCGUCAAAUGUUUUUGUUUUUUUCACAAUGUCUUUAUUGUUUUACACUGUAUGAAAAGAACACUAGGGUUUGAGUCAUUUGGGGAGCGGCUCUUUCAUUUUAUAAUUUCAGACUGUUGAGAAUACUGUAUUUCCAUUGUACUACUGAUUAAAAAAAGACUUGAUUCUUAAA